AUGUCGGUGUCAACAAUCACCACGAUGUUGUUCUCCUACUACUUGUCGCAGAAGCAGGAAGGCGUGAACUACCAUAAACGUAUUUUCGUCGGCAUGAUCGUGACGGUGGCGAUCUUUGCGUUUUUGGCGUUGACGUGUUUUGCCGACUUCUUCAUCUUCAUGAAAGAUUACACGUUUUUUGCCCUCCUCAUGCUCACGGUCUUGCUCAGUGCCAUGGCCUCCAGUUUGGCCCAAAACGGCGCCUUGGCCUCGGCAAACGUACUUGGAAGCAUAUACACCAACGGUGUAAUGGUCGGACAGGCCAUCGCCGGUGCCCUCCCGCCACUUGCCCUCAUUUGCUCCAUCUUGUUAACUGGCAAGGACAAACUAGAGGAGACACACCCACACAAGGCUCGGAACGCAGGGCUUACCUUGUACUUUUUGAGCGCGUGUCUCGUGGCUUUUCUCGCUGUUUUCAUGCUUGGGUUGGCCAAUCGCUAUAAAAAUGCCCACGCUUACGUUGCAGUGGAAGAAGGCGAGGACGAAGAACCCAUCAACAUCACGCCAAAAAAGCACGUGCCCUUCGGCUUGUUGUGGCAAAAGCUCAAGCUCAUUGUGAUGACGAUUUUCCUCACCUUCUGCAUCACCUUGGUGUUCCCUGUUUUCGCAUCCACCGUGACAUCAGUUCGGGAGAACUCCGAGAACCUCUUUUUCAAAAAAAGCAUCUACAUCCCCGUCGUCUUCCUCAUCUGGAACAUCGGAGAUCUCGCCGGCCGUGUGCUUUGCGGCAUGGCCAAUUCGGCCUUCCUCGUAAAAAACCCGAACCGCUUGAUAGUCUACGCUGUGGCCCGAGUGGUCUUCAUCCCGUUGUUUUUGACUUGCAACAUCCACCCCGGGAGCUCUGCGCCGUUCAUAUCGUCGGACUUCUGGUACAUAUUGCUACAAUUUCUUUUUGGCCUCUCCAAUGGCCAAUUGUGCACCUCGUGCUUCAUGGUUAUUGGUGACAACUGCUCGACCAACGAGGAGAAGGAAGCAGCGGGCGGCUUCGCCACGGUGUUUUUAACCUUUGGCCUUGCAGUCGGCAGCGUUCUCAGUUACCUUUUGAUCCCCAUCGUCGGCUAA